CCGGAAGUUCACAGAGUGACGUCAGAGGCAGCGGAAACGGGACACCUGUGACCUGGUUUCUUCUGCACUGGGACUGGUAGAGCAGAUUCAACAUCCAGAAGAUCCAGUUACCCCGAUAAAGUCGAAGCUGAGAAGCUGUCAGGAUGCCUCUGCUGUUUCUGGAGCGCUUCCCCUGGCCCAGUUUGCAGACAUACACAGCCCUGAGCACAGUUCUGCUGGCCGGGAGCAUGUCAAGUGCCUACAGCACAGUCAGAGACUACUCCUCUGCACUGCCAGAGGACGCCCACAGCACAUCUGAGGAGGAGAUCAAGCUGGACAUCUCCGGGAGUGUGGCCACUAAUGUGCUGCUCUACCUCAUCACGGACAGUCUCUUCGUCUGGGUGAUGGUGAACACGGCGUGCUGCAUCCUCAUGCUGAUAGCUAAAGUGAUCCAGUGCAUCGUGUUUGGACCGCUGAGAGUCAGCGAGAAGCAGCAUCUGAAAGAUAAGUUCUGGAACUUCGUCUUCUACAAGUUCAUCUUCAUCUUCGGCGUGCUGAACGUGCAGCGGGUGGAGGAGGUGGUGCUGUGGUGUCUGUGGUUCUCCGUGCUCAUCUUCCUUCAUCUGAUGGUGCAGCUCUGCAAAGACCGCUUUGAAUAUCUCUCGUUUUCUCCCACUACUCCGAUGAGCAGUCAUGUGCGAGUGUUGGCUCUGCUGGCGUCUGUUUUGGCGUGCUGUGGCGGUCUAGCAGUGCUCUGCGCUCUAGUCGGGCAUCUUCACGGCAUGCACAUUGUCGCUUUCAUGGCAGCCGAGUGUUUGCUGGUGACAGUGCGCACAGGAUACGUCAUCAUACGGUAUUCCAUUCACUUGUGGGACCUGAACCAUGAGGGAACCUGGGAGAACAAGAGCUCACAUAUCUACUACACAGACUUCAUCAUGGAGUUAGCCAUCCUCUGCCUAGACCUGAUGCAUCACAUCCAUAUGCUGCUCUUUGGGAACAUCUGGUUGUCCAUGGCUAGUCUUGUGAUCUUUAUGCAGCUGCGCUUUCUCUUUCACGAGGUGCAGAGAAGAAUUCGCCGCCAUAAAAACUACUUGCGUGUUAUUGACAAUAUGGAGUCCAGGUUUGCUGUGGCAACGCCUGAUGAACUGCUGGCUAAUAACGAUGAUUGUGCCAUCUGCUGGGAUUCAAUGACUACAGCACGCAAGCUGCCCUGUGGCCAUCUUUUCCAUAAUUCCUGUCUGCGCUCUUGGCUGGAGCAGGACACCUCCUGUCCCACGUGCCGUAUGUCACUGGACAUUAAUGAAGGCGGGAGGGAGAGAGAGGAGGGCCAGAGGGAGCCGCUGGAUGAUAACUUGGCUGCUGGACCAGGAACAGAGGCCCGACCGCACCUUAACCAGCAUAACCACUUCUUCCACUUUGAUGGGUCGCGCAUUGCCAGUUGGCUACCAAGUUUCUCUGUGGAGGUCAUGCACACCACCAACAUCCUUAGUAUCGCACAGGCCAACAACUCGCAGCUCAAUGCCAUGGCCCAUCAGAUCCAGGAAAUGUUUCCACAGGUCCCUUACCAUCUGAUCCUGCAGGAUCUGCAGCUCACUCGCUCUGUUGAGGUCACCACUGAUAACAUCCUGGAGGGCCGGAUUCAGGUGCCUUUCCCAACACAGCCUGUGGAGCGCACACCCAUACAGGUAAACACUGCUCCUGAAGAUUCAGCGGGUGCCAGCAGCAGUUCAGAGGUCGCUGCCCCUGAGAUGGAAGACUUUGAGGUGCGGGGGAGCCGCUUUUCCAAGUCCGCAGAUGAGAGACAGAGGAUGCUAAUGCAGAGGAAGGAGGAGCUACUCCAGAGAGCUCGCAGACGUUAUCUACACAAAAAGUCUGAUGAAGGAGAUGUGUUCUAUGCUCCUGCCAUUGAUACUGAUGAUGCCAUGCCCUCCAUGGAGGAUGAAGACUCCGAUUCAGUGACCUUGAGGCGUAGACGACUGGCGGCCGCAGCCGAGAGACGCAUGCAGAGGCAGGAGCCUCCCCCAUUUUAAAUCGAGCAAAAACAUGCAUGAUGCGCCUAUGGUACAGCCAUGCCGUCAUUCAAUUUUGGGCUGAUCAAUGCACAUUUGUGCUAGAUAUAUGUACCCAUCAAACAUUUCAGUUCAUUGUCCAUUGAAAUAAUAUAUGGUGUCAUUGCCGCACCAGUGAAUUAUAGUACAGUUUUGGCAAGCAUCAAAUAAAAGAAAAAGACACAUGCAUCUUUCAUUCAUGUGUCUUCCAUAUGAUAAAUUUUUUUAAAUGUUAGUACCUAAACAAGAGCAUGGUUUGGACAGCUGUUCAUAUAAGUAAAAAAAAAAAAAGUUAAGAGUUUGCAUUUCUUAAACGUCUUUGUACGAAUCAGACAAUUUUAAUAAUAUUAUGUUGCGUACUAACAGUUUGACUUAAGCUGCUGCUUAAGCAACAAACAACAUGCUGGGGUUGAUCUGUGUGGUGAACUUUGAGUUUCUUUCUUUUGCCAGCGAAUAUCCACACGAUUUUGCUGCUGUUUAACAUUAGAAUCUGCCUUUAAGUCGGUUGGCUCAUGCGUUCGAAAAGAGACAAUCUUGCAAGUUGGAGCCAUCUCUUACGCUUUUUUACCGUUUAAAAGGAAAGUGGCAUAGAUCCUGUCUGUUCUCGCAUUGUUGCGACAACAAAUUGCUCUGUGCAUCAUAAAAGUUGUUCAUUUAGUGACAUGAUCUUGUUUCUCUAGUGUUGUCAUUCCAAACAGACAUAUUUAAUUCAUCUCUUAUUCUGAGCUUGUACUGGUGGUUAUAUAGUGAGGAACUGUUCAUUUCCUCUCUGUUUUGUCCUGCAGUAAAGGAGAAGCUUACGGUCAGGGUAGAUGUUGCGUUUAAUUUAGUGAAAGUCUGUUCAAUGUUGUCCUAUUGUAAUUUUCACAAAACUUUUUCAUUAAGUUCAAAUUAAAUGGAGCAUCUACGCUGACUAAUGUCCUUUUGAUUUAUUCACACAUAACACACGGUUAUGGUCAUUAGGUCAGUUUUGUAGCUUUUUCGUCAGCGUUUUAUUCUGUUUGUAUUUGAAUGGUUUUAAAGACAUUUAUUACUCAGUGUACUAAUGUACUAAUGCCUAUAAAUGCUUGUUUUUUACUGGCCCAUAGCAUUCAUAAUGCAUUUUCACAGGAUUAUUUGGACUCUGCAAACAAUUCAGAAUCUUGCAUGUUGAGUUUGAAGUGAACAAGUUUUUCAUGUAACAGAACGUGACUUUUAAUUUGCAUUUGCCUUCUGUUAAAUAACCGUAAUCUCAAGUUCAACCAUCAUAACUAUGGCCACGUAUACAAGAACUUAUUGGCUUGAUAGCCUGUUUGUCGACCUUGAAAAAGAAGUACAUCUUCAGAAUCGUCUGAUGUUUUACACUGUGAAUCUAUUCUAUCAAAUAUUUUUAGUGUCACAUGGAUGUUUUGAUCUCUCUUUUUUGUUUUAAUCUUUCAUGUGGCCGUCUUUUUCUAUGCAUGAAAUCACUGACUCUUUGUGUUCAUAUUUGUGUCCUGAUCAACUUUCCCAUAGACUAUCCUAGUGAUUCUUAUGAAGCUGGUUGUUGUGAUUGUAAUGACCGCUGGUGGAUGUAGAAUAUGUUUGUUUUGGUUGCACAGAUGCACCUUUCAGCAGUAUUUCUU